AUGAAUCAGCAAAGAGGCUGGAAGGAAUAUGACGAAGAGUACCUGGCGCAGGUUCAGGCCAGGGAGAGGCGGAUGGAGCGGGAGAGAAUGCGUCGCGAAAGUGACGGACGGCGGAGGGAGCGGGAUGAAGAUCGAAGAGCGAGAGAACAGGGGCGAGAAGAGAGGGAAGAGCGGGAAAGACAAGGGGAAGAGCGGGAACGAGAACGGGAGGAGAGAAAGCGUGCGCGGGAAGAAAAGGAGACGCGGAGAGCGGAACGGGCGAGAAUACGUGAAGAACGGGAGAGGAGGAGAGCCGAGCGGGGAAAAAGGGAUACGCACACGGAUGGAGAGGUCGAUACGGGAAGGGAAGAGCGACGGCUAGAUUCCCGUGAUGACGGCUAUAAAGACAACUCGGACAUCGACGAACGAGAAAUCAUGAAGAAGGAGUGGAAAACUGGCAUGAAACACAAACCUGGAGAUCACUUGCCCCCUCAUCGAACCAAGCGGAAAGCACAUGUUAAAGAAAAGGUCACUGAAUAUACCUCCGAUGAAGAUGAGCGGAAGUCCAUGUUCAAGGAAUGGAGAACGGGCUUCAAGUGGCUACCGGGGCUGAACAAGAAGAAGCAGGAAACGUCCCAGGGGAGGAUCCGUGCCACCAUGAACGAGAAGCGAGACGCCCCGGGUAGGCGAAUCAUCAGCGGAACGGUUCUUGAAAAGGGCCGUCCGACUCUCUAUGAGCACAUGCUUGGGAAAGGCGGCGGAUCCGUGAGCGAGUUUACCGACGAAACUGCGUUCAAGAGACGCCGUCGGAAACGGAUUGUUAUCUGCUGUAUCAUUGUCGUCGCCAUCCUUCUCAUCGCCAUCCCAGUCGGUGUUUUCGUCAACAAGAAGAACAAGGAGUCACCACCGAGCCAGGCCACCGAUAAAUCCACGAGACCCUCAAACUACAACCUACAGGGCGUCACAAAAGAUAGCAUCCCGCCCGAAGCGCAAGGCACCCUUCUCGACCCCUUCACUUGGUAUGAUACCGUCGACUUCAAUCUUACCUACACCGCCGAGACGGUCGGUGGACUCUCUAUCAUGGGCAUCAACUCCACGUGGGACGACGAUAUACAAGCGAAUCCCAACGUCCCAAACCUGGAAGACGAAUUUCAGUACGGGAAAGUACCUAUCCGCGGCAUGAAUGUGGGUGGCUGGUUGAACCUCGAGCCGUUCAUCACCCCGUCAUUCUUCUCGCGGUACAGCGCAAGAGACGGGGUCAUUGACGAAUGGACGUUCACCUCCAAACUCGGGCCAGCGAAGUCAGCGCAAACACUGGAGCAGCAUUAUUCUUCAUUUAUCACCCGCGACACGUUUGUUGAGAUUCGAAACGCUGGGUUUGACCACGUCCGUAUCCCAUUCGGGUACUGGGCCGUCACAACCUACGAUGGCGACCCGUACGUCUCCAAAAUCGCAUGGCGAUAUAUGCUCCGUGGGAUCGAGUACUGCCGACAGAACGGACUACGCGUGAAACUCGACCUGCAUGGUGCGCCGGGGAGUCAGAAUGGAUGGAAUCACAGUGGGCGGCAGGGGCCCGCGGGAUGGCUGAACGGCACGGAUGGUGAUCUCAAUGCGCAGCGGACGCUCGAUAUUCACGAUCAGCUCAGCACCUUCUUCACCCAACCGCGGUACAAGAACCUAGUGACGGUCUAUGGUCUCGUGAACGAACCGCGCAUGGUGGACCUCGACACGAACAAAGUCCUCGACUGGACGUCGAAAGCCAUCUCUCUGAUUCGGAAGAACAACUACCCGGGCGUACUCGUCUUCGGCGACGGAUUCAUGGGCCUCGAUAAGUGGCAAGGAAAGCUCCAAGAGGACGAUAAACUCGUGCUGGAUGUCCACCAAUAUGUCAUUUUCAACGUCGAUCAGCUGAAGCUCGAACACACCGACAAGUUGAACUUCGCUUGCAAAGGCUGGACCGCGCAGACGGUACGGUCGCAAAACAAGCAGACCGGCUUCGGCCCAACUAUGUGCGGCGAGUGGUCACAAGCGGACACGGACUGCGCGACGUUUCUCAACAAUGUCGGUGUCGGCAGUCGCUGGGAAGGAACGCUGAACUCGGGGAACGCGAGCACGAGUGUGAUGAGGCCGACAUGUCCUACCGAGAACGACCCGGUGUGUCAAUGCAAAGAUUCCAACGCGGACCCAAGCGAAUACACAGACGUGUAUAAACAGUGGUUGCGCAUGUUUGCGGAGGCGCAGAUGGAGAGCUUCGAGAAAGGGUGGGGAUGGUUCUACUGGACCUGGCAAACGGAGCGUGCGGUACAGUGGAGCUGGAAGUUGGGGAUGCAGGCGGGAAUAUUGCCGACCAAGGCAUAUGACCGUGACUUCAAGUGCGAGGAGCCAUAUCCGGACUUUGGGGCGAUGGGGUUGCCGGAGAAUUAUUGA